AGAGGACAAAGAAAACUCUAAAACUGAUUUAUUUCUUGUAGGCUCUCUUUAUCAAGUUGCUACCAAAACUAAGAGUUCUACUACCAAUACGUUAGUAGGUAAUCUAAAGAGGGCAACACAACGUUGCGUAGCAACCGGUCAAACACAAACAAUGCGCUCGAAGUCACAAACAUUGCUGCAGUGUGAUUCAUCAUAUUAUUCUGUCAGCACAGUCAAUUAUGAGUAAUUGUGGGUACAUAACUGGAUCUGCUGCUUGAAGUUUGUUCAAAAUGGAGACGGACUGGCGUGAGAUACUGAAGUUUUCACAAAGAGAAUUGAAACAAGGAGAAAAAGAAAAACUUUGUGAAAGUUUAUCUUGGAUGGAAGCUGACGAUAUUGAACUCAACUUUACUGACUUAAAGAUUUUGUUUAGACUCGCUCAAGACUUGAUAAAAUAUAAAACUGAACAAGUCAAUGGAGUAUUGGGUAAACUGGAAAAAACAAAAAGAAAAAUUAAAACAAAAGAAAGAAGCACAUUUACAGAUUCUCCUGCUAUCAGCUCUGAUAGUGUAUUGGAAACAAUAACACAUCAAGAAGAAGUAAUUAAAGCAAAUAAAGAUAUUUUGGAACAACUGUAUGCUGAUAUUGCUGAAUUAGAAGAACGAAAAACUCAACAUGAAAAGGACAAAAAUAAAGAUCAAGAAAGUGAGUCAAGUCGCGGUACGUUAUCUGAACUAAACGCUGUCGCACAGUUGGAAAAUGAAGUAGCAAAGAGAAAUAAACAUAUACGAAAAUUACUUGGAGAUGUUAAGAUCCUAGAAGAAGAAAAUACAACAAUAAAAGAAAAAUUAAUUAUAUUCAAAGACAAAUUAAAAGAAGCUACACUGCUUAUAGAAAAUUUGAGCGAACAACUAUUUACUUUUAAUAACGAACAAACAAACCUGAAAGAACUUCUGGCGAGGAUGGAAGAAGAAAAAGCAAACUUAGUUUUAGAAAUAGAUAAUCUUCAAAAUGAAAGAAAUAAAAUUAAUUUGUUAUAUGAAAAAACAGAAGAAAAUGUUAAAUCUGAACAUCACCGUCUUAAAGAUAUAUUGAAACGCCAUAAAAGUAAAAUUGACGAGUUGUCAGCUGAAAACUCCCAGCUUAAGGAGGACAUGAUACAAAAAUCAAAAAUGAAUAUAUCACCAAAGAAAAUUAAAAUUGAAGAAAUGAAAAUUAAAGAAUUACAAGAAAAAUUGCUUGAGGCCUCUGAAGAAAUGAUUAAAUCUGCAAACUUAAUACAUACUCUAAAGGAAGAAAAUCAACGUUUAAAAGUGGUAAUUGAAGAUGUACCUGACGUCUCUGUAUCUGAACAUAAAAAUGAGAGUGAUGAUGGUAAAGAAAAAAAUAUAAUUAAUAAACUUAAGAAAAAAGUCAAAAGUUUAAAAUUAACUCUUCAUGGGACGGAAGAAAUGGUAGCUGUACGUGAAAAAGAGCUUGCAGAAAUCACAGCACAACUGAAACUUUUACGUUCAGAUGAUGGUAUAAAUGCUCUGAUAGAAGGCAUUCAGAAUAAAAAAAGACAUCUUAAAAUCAAAGAUGAAGGUAUUAAGUCCUUAGUACAAGAGGUGAAUUUAUUAAACAACCUUGUUAGCAAAUUUCAACUCGAAAAUGAAACUAUGAGGAAGAGGUUAGAAAUACCUGAAAAUGAAGAAAUAUAUACACACGGAAUAUUAAAAAAUUAUAAAGAUUUAGAAAUUUCUAAUGUUCAACUUCAAAAUAAACUACAAGAAUAUGAAAAUAAACUGGUUUCUCUUGAAAUUGAGUGUUAUAAUAAAAAAACAGAGCUUCUACAACUGAGAUCGAAUCUAAAAACUUAUGAUGAAAAUAACACAAAUGACUUAAAUAGUGUAAACGAAACAUCUGAUUUGAUGAAGACUAUAUUAGAAGAAAACGAAGGACUCAGAAAAGGACUUACUGAAAUUCUUACUUAUUUAAAAGAUAACAGUAAUACAACUUCUGGAAUACUUUCUAUGGAGUGUCCUAGUUUAGAAGCUAUUUUAAAUUCAAUGGAAGCACGAAAAUUGGCUGGGUGGUUUUCUCCACAUAUGACAACAAUAAUGGAAUUAAAAGCGGCUAAAGGUGGCAAAGAAGCUUUAAUAAGUGCUUUAAAUGAUUCUAGGACAGAAACAUUUCAACUAAUGGAAAAGCUUUCUGAAGAAAAAAAGAAGUCAUCUGAUUUAGAAAAAGUAAUACUUGGUAUAAAAGAAAAAACACAAGUAAAACCUGAAAUAGAUGAAAAACUAUUAUUUUGCACUGAUAUGACGUUAGGAGAAUUUGGAUCAUGGAUGUCAAAUAAUACACUUGCAAAAAUUGACUUUAGUGAUGGUUAUCAGAUAAAAGAUUUACUCAAUAAGGGAAAUGUCCUUUUCGAAAACCAAUUUAUACACGCUUUACAAUAUUUUCAAAAUAAAUUUACAAUGCUAUUUGAUAAACUUACUUCGUUAACAAUAUCUGCCAAAGACGAUUUAAAUAGAUGGCUGCUUAAAGAAGAACAAUAUAAAGCUGAAAUAGAAUAUUUAAAAUGUCAAAUAGAUGAAAAUGAAGAUGAUACUAGCAACCGAUCUCCUGGAUUAUUGUCUACUUCAAAGUUAAAUCUUAUGGAUAGAAAGUAUAGCUUUCUUGAAGAUUCAUUCAAGCAAAUAAGAACUUUGAAUGAAAAUAUAAAAAAUGAACACUUAGAAAUUAAAAAAGAAAAGAUGAUUGAAACGUUUGAGUACGAAAAAAAAGUGCAAAGUUUGUUAAUAUCAGUUUUAAAUCUGAGUGACAAGUUGCGUAACUCUAUACCGCUCGAGUUGUUUUUGAAACAAAAUGAAAUUCUUAAUCAGUAUAUCUUAAAAUAUAGAAAUGUUAUUGAAAAUAAUAAUAGGACCCAUAUUAAGUCACUAGAUAUUACUAAAAGGCUAGAAGAUGACAAAAUUGACGUUAUUAAUAGAUUUCAUAAAUUAAUUAAAGAUAAAUCAAUAACAGGAGUGCAACAGUCUAAUAAGAUAUUAUCAGAUGUAGAACAAAUAGUAUUACAAAAACAGCUCGAACAAAUGAGUCUUGAGUUAAAUAAAAGAAAUUCUGAGAUUGAGAUCUUAGAGAGAAAAGUAUUGGAUUUACAAACCUCACAAUCUAUACUAAUAGACAAAACAAUGAGUAAAGAAGCUAACGAAGAUAUGAAUAUUGAUCAAAUUAAAUUGUUGCAAGAAGAAAAUAAAUUCCUUAAAGACCAACAAAAAGAGAUACAAAAUAAAUAUGACAUUUUACUUUCACAAGUAAAGGCGAAUGAAAAACGAAAAUUAAACAAUGAUAUAGAAAUAAAUAUGUUGAGACAUCAAGUUCUUGAUCUUCAGUCGACGGGAGACAAUAAAGCUAUAAUUGCUAGACUCAGUGGUGAAGUUUUAUUAGCACAUGUCCAGACGUCUGAAAGCAAUGAUAAAAUUGAGUCCUUGAAAAUAGAUUUACACAAAGAGAAACAGAUGAGAGCAGAAGCAGAAGAAAUGUUAAAUAAACGUGAAAAAGUAUUUGAUAUUUACUCCAAAAGGUGCAAUAAACAGUUGAGAUCUAUGAGUGAUAUUGUAGAAGUUUUGCGUAAUCAAUAUAAUGGUUGUUUACCUCUGAUCUGUGCAGAAACUUUUUACCAUAAACUUGAAGAACUUCAACGUAAAUCACAAGAGACUCAAGAAAAAUUAAAUGACUUAGAAGAUUUACAGUCAAACCUAAUGACUAAACACAGUAUUUACAGUCAAAUAUUAGAUCUAUCUAAUACAAAAUGCUUUGACGAUGAAGACAGUUGUCAUCAUAAAUUGCAAAACAUUGUAAUGGAAAAUACUCAAAAAUUAGAACUUGAAAAUUAUAAUAAAAAAAUAGCAGUUUUAGAACAAUCUCAUAAAAAUCUUUUGGAGCGUUGUAAUUUGCUAGAAAAAUCUUUGCUAUUAGUAAAUCAAGUGUUUAAACAAUCAAGUUCUAAAUAUGAAAACUCUGUUUGUCAAAAAGAAAAUGAAGAACUAAAGGUUCAAGAUAUUCAAACCAGUGAUGAAACAAAUAGUAAAGGUAGUCUUACGUAUACGAUAUUACAUGAAAAACCACAAAAUUACAAUACAGAGGCUAGCAGAAUAAAGCAGAUUGAUGAUGCUAAAUUAAAUAAGACUGUCAUAGAAACUAAAAAGGUAGAACACAGACAAACUCAGACUCAUUUAUUCUCGAGACCAACAGAUGUAAAAAAAAUACAAACCGACGAUGAUGAAAACUCAAUUGAAUUGAACACCCAUGUAAAUAAACUUUUGAAAGAUAAUAAACAUAAAGACAAACUCUUAGAGGAUCUGAAUUCAAUGUCACGUCGACAAACACAAGAAUUGUCUCUUUUGAAUACAGAAAAAAGUGAAUUGAAUAACAAAUUACAAAACGUUAUUGGUAUUAUCCGUGAAAAAGAUAAAAUAAUAAAACAAUUAGAAGCUGUUAUUGAUUCUACGAAAAAAGAAAUACAUGAAUUCAAAUUAAAAGAAAUAUCACAAGUAAAUGCAAACGAAGCUAUAACCACUGAAAACCAAGAUUUAAUAGAAAAUUUAAAGAAAAUAGAAAGUGAUAAAAAUAACGUUAUAGUAGAAUACAAAGAACUAUUAAAAAAAGAAAGGCAGGAAUAUUUAAAAUCGAUAAAAAAAUUACAGUCGGAUUUGUCAGACUUGCAGGCUGUAGUCGAUGAAAAACAGUUUAAAACGACGUCUCCCAAAAAUGACAUUAGCAAUGAAGUGACUAGUAAAUAUAGAAUAAAAAUUAAUGAUUUGGAAGAUAAAUGCUUUAAAUUUCAAAGUGCUGUAGAAGGAUACAAAACUGACUUAAAAAAUCAACAAAGUGAAUUAGAACGUUGGAAAGAAUUAGCAUUAGAAAGAUUAUCAAAAAUGGAACAACUUAGUACGCAAUUGAAAGAGAGACACAAUCAUGAGAUGGAAUCAUACAAAGCUGAGAACCAGCAUUGGAUGACACAGCUCAAUGAGACUCAACGGGAACAUAUGGAGCUACGCACCAGAUUAGCAGAACAAAAAGCUUUGCACGUAAAACAAUUGACAGAAAAGGACGCCCAGAUUGAAAAUCUGCGCUCAGUUAUAAAUAAUCUAAAAACACAAAUACUGAACAUGCAGACAAUGCUCACAACAAAUGACCCUAGUUUCGAUUUAUCCGCCAUUGUUGAAGUUGACGAAUUGAGCGACGCGGCAUCACAACUGGGAUCUGAUAGAUUGGAACUGAAGUUUGAAUCCACAGGCGACUUGAACGAAAUGCAAGACGAUUUUGUAAGGAUUUCCAGCACUUCUACAGCUAUAUGGCAAGAGCCGAUGAUUGAGCGUUUACGAAGAGAGAAACAGUUAAUUGGGAAACAAAACACUAUAUUGAGGAGACAGAUAAAAGUGCUUGCUGCUAGGGAGCGUAGGUCACGCCUCGAUGCCCAGAAUCUCAAAAAUCAAGUCUUUCGUAUCACUACCACGGGUAACAAAGUUCCUUCGGCGGAGUCUGCUGCCCUUCAAAAUAAGAUAGCAUCUUUACAAGCACAACUUACAAGUGCUCGACGUGAUGCCCAUUCCUCUGUAGCGCUUUGGGAUAAAUGGAAAAGAGCGCAACAAUUAUCUGAACGUUGGCAAGCGAAAUACGAUGAAAAGUGUCAAGAAAUGAAGAAGCUAGAAGUGAGCUUAAAUUUGUCAAAGUCUGCCAUUGCAAGGCUGGAAAAAGAGAAGCGCACACUUUUUAUAAGAUUGGGUGAUAUAAAACAUGAAAAAACACUGGACAUAGAGAAACAGGAUGCCGAAACAUCAGAGAAAGUUCUGUCAAAGGACGAAGACAGCUUUACUCCUCCGCCAGUAUCGACGCGUGCACUCCUUGGCAGAAUCGAAGCGCAACAGCGUAGAAUUGCUGCGCUGGAACUUGCAGAAAAGGGUAAUGAAACUUUGGUGUCAGAGUAUGAGAAGUGUCUAGCAGAAAUUACUUCGCUUAAGGGUCAAGUUUUGAAAUUAGAGUCCACGCUGCUCGAAGCUCAAAUUAGGUCACCAAUAAAUUCUGCGUGUGACACCAAACCGGAAUUGGAUUAUUGGAAAAAUUACUGCGACAUGUUGAAAGAAGAAAAUAUGCAGCUAACUCUGCGGGUCAACUGUUUGGAGAACAUACCCACCUCGGCCAAUCAACAGCGAGUCAGCGAUUUAGAACAGACUGUACUGACGCUUAGAGGGCUCGUCAGCAAACUACAGGCGGACCAAAAAUCAGGAGUUAACAAGCGUGUAGACUCACGCCCCAGCAGUGGUCGUAGCAGCUCAGAAAAGAUUCGCACGCAAGUAGAAUCAUAUCGUAUUGAAAUCUCUAACCUCAAAAAAACCAUUCUUGAAAAAGAUGCUCUUUUGGAGAAUUCAAAGGAAAUGCUUAGGAUAGCCGCUGAAAGAGAGGACGAAUUACUUAGAGAGAAUACACGCUUGCAGCGGCGUUUGGAACAAAUAGAAAUGAGAGGAGGUCUUAUGUCUGCAUAAUAAUAAGCGAGAUUAGAAAUAUUAGAUAAUAUGCUUAAGAAAAAAAAAGAAACCUUAGUUGAUAAGUGAAAAAUCAGAC